UCGGUCGAAGAGAGCCAAGCAAGCUCAUCGAAGCAGUCCGCUGCUGUAGCAGUGAAGCAGAGCGUGGUGUGCGGCGAGGAGAAUAAAGUGAUGGAGCGAAACGAAAUAUCCCAAAACGAGAACAAGACAACGGAACGAAGUGAGGCAUCCGAUAAGGAGAAUAAGAUUGCUCAGAUGGCACUUAAUAAUGAGGAGGAAGCAGCAUCAGCAAUGGCAGCAACAGCAGCAAAAGAGGAAGAGGAUGAAAGCGAAUGGCGAUUGGUGACUGCCCGAAAUAAGCACCGCAAAAGCACCGAAGAUGUAAUGUCAGAUGUUAAAGAAAAAAAGCAGGGCAGGGUAGACAAUGUAACGGUCAGUUCUUUUCAUAUAUCUCCGAAGCGAGCCCCAAUGAAUGUUUACGAACGUUUGUCAAGUGGUGUUCUUCGGCCACCAAAUGCUCUACGGGCUCCUGUAUUAUCAGAAUCAGCAGGACGAGGAGGCUUAUUGUAUCCUCGAUCUGCCAUGGAUUUGCCACAAACUAAAGUAAUUUAUUGUUCAUUUAGUCAGAAACUACGGAAAUGUAACUGUACAAAAGGAGGUAGUAGAGAUGUCGAAGUGUGGUGUAAAAAGUUUUCGCCUUAG